AUGAGUGGUCAUUUAGAAAAUGAUAGGUCUGUUACAACUGGUAAAAUGUAUCCUAUUGACUUAGCACCUCAAAAAAUAACUAUAGUAAAGAGUAUGUCUAAUGCUGAAGUGAAAAUGGCUCACUUAAUCCCAGUUCAGACGAAAACAACCAGCUCCAAUCAAAUAAUCUCUCACGGUAACACUGGUUCAAUGGGAUUAAUGCGUACAGGAACCCAAAUCAUUUCUCCAGGCGUCACUUCUCAGCCCCAAAUGAUAGUUAGCGGGUCACCAAUACUACAAAGCACACAGAUAGUCAGCCAAGGAUCACAACUACUUGGACCGAAUGCACAAAUGUCGCAGCCUCAAUUGAUACCCGGCGGUCAAAUAUUAAGUCCCGGCACCCAAAUAAUAAGUCAGGGUACACAGCUGUCGGCUCAAGUAUCAAGUAAUAAUGCAGUUUCUAGUACUGUACAGUCUAGUAAUCCUUCCACUGCAAAUAGUGCACAGUUGUUGAAUGUUGGUGGCUUAGUUAGUGGAUCUGGCAAUUUAGUGGUUAGCUCCUCGGUGCGUACUCUGCCUUCCAGUGUAAGAGUGUUACCGCCUAUGCAACACACUAGUAAUAGGCCGGUUCUCUCCAGUGUUAAUGUCAGCAGUGCAAGUGGUGUUCUUGUGAGUAAGGGGGUGACAAGUCAUGUGCCUCGCGGUUUAGCAGCGGGAGCUUCCCUCGCUGUUCGUCCUGUAACAAACACACAGCCAGCUAAUACUCAAGGUUGGUCGAGCAGCCGCGGCCGCGGGCGUGCGCUUGUAUAUGGCUGUAGAGCUCGCUCGCCCGCACCACGCGCCUCCGCACCAAGUGGUACUACAAUACCCACAACUACUGUACUAACAUCGACUGGUGUUAUAUCAAGCACGGUCCGUCAAUCGCCGCGCGCGCCCGUCCCCACUACACCGCCGGCUACAUCCGCUCGACCACUGCCUUUACUACAAAGAAACUACCAACCUACUAAAGUGGUAGGUGUAGCGAGUGUUGGUAUGCGUGGCGUGGCCAACAGCGCCCCCUCUCAGUUGUAUUACGAAGUGCCACGGCCACAACAGACGCAACCAUUACAAGUGCCAAUACAGCCACAACUUACAAGGUCAUUGACACCAUACGCACAUGCACAAGGUUUAGUGAGCAUAGUGAACGCCUCACAGUCUGAUGUACGUCAGUUGUCCUCUUCCAUUCAGAACUCCGCACCGCGACCAUCGAUAUUAAGGAAGAGGGACAUCGAUGGGUCGCCAACGAAGUCGUCAAUAUAUUCCGAGGGUACUGGUUGGGAGGAUGUUCCCAGCGGAUCAGGUUCAGGCUCUACCACUAUAUCAGCGGCGUCCUCUCCGCGAGAUCUGGACUUGGAGCCGGGACCGGAGCCCGAGCCCAUAGCGGAGCCCGAACACGACCUAUCCCCUAGAAAGAAACCACGCAAACAAAUAUUAAGCAGUGAAGUUAGACAAUGUGAGUUCCCAGCAGAAGAUACUCCGCCCUCACCGCCGCCCGCUGCCCCGGCACCGCCUUUACCAAAACGUCCAUCGCUAAGCUCGAGCUAUGUAUGCGGUUGGCGGAGUACAGCGUUACACUUCACACGGCCGUCUGAUGUACGUCGCCGGGAGCCGAGAGCUCGUGAUAUAGUCAGCAUCGCGGCUCAAAGACACGUGCUCACCAGCGCUGAGGGGUGGAAAGUACAUCAUUUGACGGCACAAAUGGACGACCUGGUGUCUCUAGAAGCGGAUGUUGGUGAACAGUUGGCCGGUGUAUUGGGCGCUGUGGCGGCAAGGGACCGUGGACCGCUUCACGCACUGCAACACACACUACUAGAGCUUGUCAAGGGUAAUAUUCAAAGAAGUAAAAUCGUCUGCGAAGGCAUACAAGAAGCCCGGGAAGAUAUUCUGCGAGUUUUCAAACAUCGCAACUUUGUUUCCGACAUUCUGACACGUCAGGCUGACAAGAGAUGUUUCAGGAAGCACAGAUCACAAUCAUAG